AUGAAUAUUUGCGCUUUUAACAUUAGGGGUCUUAAUAAUAAAAAGUCCUAUGUCAAGGACUUUAUUGCAUCGAAUAAAUUUUCUUUGUGUGCUGUGCUUGAAACUCAUGUUUCUGCUACCUCUGCUAAUUCUAUUAGUAAGUUUAUUAGUCCUGAAUUUUCUUGGAUUUUUAAUUAUGAGCAUCAUCCCAAUGGUCGUAUUUGGGUAGGGUAUGAUUGCGCGAUUUGGAAACUUGAUGAUGUUACUAAGACCAGCCAGCAUAUUUCCUGUAAAGCCACUGCAUUGUCUUCGGGGAAUAGUUUCUUUAUUUCCUUUAUUUAUGGGUCUAAUUGUAUUUUGGAGCGUAAAAUUCUUUGGCAGAAUCUCCGUGAAUUUGGGAAUCUAACUGGGGAAUCUGCCUGGUCUCUGUUGGGUGAUUUUAAUGUUACUUGUGGGCCUGAUGAGUGUAGUAAUGGGGGUAGAUGGACUGCUGCUAUGUAUGAGUUUAGAGAUUUCCUUAUCGGUGCUGAAGUCACCGAUCUUCGAAGCACUGGGGCUGUCUUUACUUGGUGGGACUGCAAUUUGUCGAAUCCUUUAUUCAAGAAGCUUGAUAGAUGUCUUGUUAAUGCAGCUUGGCUUGACUUGUUCCCGUUGUCUCAAGUUUGUUUCUUGGCAAGGGGUAUUUCAGAUCAUAAUCCGGUUUCUUUAAGCUUGGGGUUGCCUCUCGAAAGGGUCUUCAAGCCCUUCCAAUUUUUUCAGCACUUGGUGAAUGACCCGAGCUUUCUUUCUGAGGUUGCUACUGCUUGGCAGGGUAAUUUUAUUGGUAAUCCUUGGCAGAUUUUCUCUUCCAAGUUGAAAAAAGUUAAAGAGGCCAUGAGGAAGCUCAAUCAGAAUAGAGGAAAUGUUCAUUUGAAAGUCCAGGCAGCUAAAUUUGCUCUCUCUCAGUUUCAAAGUCAGUUACCUGCUAUUCCCUCCCAUUCUCUUCUUCUAGAGGAAGAUUCUCUGAUCGCUGCUCUUCAGGAUGCUUUUAUAGAGGAGGAAGUGUUCCUGAAACAAAAAUCCAGGAUCUCCUGGUUAAACUUGGGUGAUUCUAACAGUGGUUUCUUCUUCAAAUCCUGCAGAUUGAGGUGGAACAGUAAUAAGAUUCUUAGUUUGGAAGACAGAAACGGGAAUUUAUGUACCUCUCAUAGUGCAAUCUCUCAGGAGGCUGUUUCGUAUUAUAGUGAUCUUUUUGGGAGUUCUGGUCAAGUUUUGGAGAUCCCAGAUGACAUCUCUUUGCCUUCUUUGUCCUCUGUCCAGCAUGAUUUUCUUAUGCGUCCUUAUUCUGCUGAGGAUGUGCUUAAGGUAGUCAGGAGUAUGCCGAGUAAUAAAUCACCCGGUCCGGAUGGUUUCACUAAAGAGUUCUUUCUUGCAGCUUGGAGUAUUGUUGGAGCUGAUUUCACAAAUGCUGUUCUUUACUUUUUUCGCACUAAUAACCUCCCCAGAAUUAUUAGUGCCUCUGCAAUCACUCUUGUUCCGAAGCACAAGAAUGCAAAUAAGAUGGUGGAUUUUCGCCCUAUUGCCUGCUGUAACUUUGUUUAUAAAUGUAUUAGCAAGCUGAUCGCUAAUCGGCUGAAGUUGGUAAUCCCCUCUCUAAUUUCUGCUAACCAGUCAGCUUUCGUCUCCAAAAGACUUAUUGGUGAUAAAACCUGUGUGCAGUCUUGUAUGAUCUCAGUUAAGAUUAAUGGGUCGCUUGAGGGUUUUUUUAAAGCUUCUGCCGGUUUGAGACAGGGGGACCCCAUCUCCCCCUAUCUUUUUGUUAUUUGUAUGGAGGUCCUUUCUGUCUACUUAAGUAAUUUGGAGAAUAGACCUGAUUUUAAGUUUCACUGGAAAUGUAAAGCUAGUUCUCUCACUCACCUCAUGUUUGCCGACGAUGUCUUACUAUUCUGUAAUGGGGAUAUUGAAUCUGUGAAGGCUUUACUAUCGGCAGUUCAAAGCUUCCAGGACGUCUCUGGACUGGUGAUAAAUAAAAAUAAAAGCCUCAUCUUUUUAUCCAGUGUCCGUGAUGAUGAGCUCUCCGCUAUUAUUAAUGCCUCUGGCCUUCAAAGAGGUACGCUUCCUGUUAAGUAUUUGGGGCUCCCUUUAAUUACCUCGAAGCUAUCUGCUCGGGACUGUUCUCCUCUCAUUAUGCGGAUUCGAGAUCAAAUUGACUGCUGGGCUAGUUCUUGUUUGAAUCAUGCUGGGAGAUUACAGUUGCUUAAGUCAGUGCUGUUUGGUAUUCAAGCUCAUUGGUCUAAUCAUCUAUUUCUUCCUAAGCACAUUUUGAAGAGUGUUCAAUCGUAUUUUCUCAGAUUUUUGUGGGGUGGUUCUACUUCUUCCAACAAGCAGGUGAAAGUCUCUUGGAGUGAAUGUUGCAAAUCUCUCGAUGAGGGGGGAUUGGGUAUUAAGGAUCCGCUGCAAUGGAAUAAAGCUGCUUUCUUGUUUCAGUUAUGGCGGUUGAUCAAUGCUCACAGAAGGUCUUCUUUAUGGAUUGAUUGGGUUCAUAAUACUUGGUUGCGGAAUAAAUCCAUUUGGACUUUCUCAGUUCCUGCUUCGGCUUCUUGGUGUUUAAAAAAGAUGCUUCUCCUCAGGCCAAUUGCUCUUCGGUUUUUGAAUUAUUCAGUUGGCAAGCAGUCCAGUUUCUUCUUCUGGCAUGACCCCUGGAUUGAUAAUGUGCCUUUAUUGCAAAAAUACGACCCUAUUCUGGUUUCGAUUAUGGAAUCUUCUCGGAUGGCAAAGAUCUCGGAAUUUAUUUCCAACGAUUCCUGGGCUCUCCCAGCAUCUAAUCACCUCUGGGCUGUUGAGGUGAAGCGUAAAGUGCUGCAAGUCCCCUUGGCUGAUUCUGAUAAUAUUCAUUGGCAGACUUUCUCGUUUAAUGAUGUUAAGGUAGCAACUAUUUGGCACUCUAUUAGGCCUCCUGAAAGCUCCCCUCCCUGGAUCAAUGCGGUGUGGCACCCGUUGCGUAUUCAUAAGUGCACUUUUAUUUUUUGGUUGGCGUUAAAAGAUAGAUUGCUCACUAAGGAAAGGAUGGACUUAUUUGGUAUGACUACAGACCUUAGGUGUUGCUUCUGCUCCAAUGCUAUUGAGACUGUCUCGCACUUAUUUGGCAGUUGUGCUUUUGCUACUUCUAUUAUUUCAGACCCUUAUUUUGCUUUGGUUGGUGACUGGUCUUGCUAUCAAAAUGGAAUAUUCACUACUGGUAGCAGCUCGAGCUUAAUGAAAAGACACAUGACGUAUCUUUUUCUUGCAGUGAGUGUCUAUUUUAUUUGGAAGGAACGAAAUGAGCGGGUACAUACCCCUGGUCAUGCUUUAUCGCCUGGUACCAUUAGGAUGCUUGUGAAGCGCACUAUUCGAGAGAAGCUUUGUUCGAAUGAGAGAUUUAAAAAAGCUGCUGCUAAGGACCGUAGUUUAAUUCUAGCUCUGUAUUAG